UCAGUUGACAUCGCGGGGCACGUACGCUCGUUGUAAAGCUCUCAUGAUGUGAUUGCAAGCGGCUGAAUCACAUCGACUUUAUGAAAAAAGCUGCCUGAAGAACACCGCUUCGAAGAACAUUAGAACAUUAGAAGAACAGUAACGCCUAACGACCACAAGAACAUAACAAGCGCGAAACUAAUAAUAAGCAGUUUCCUUAAAAAGAAUAUUGGUGGCUUUAUCAUACAGCGGGACUACAAGGAGCAAGAUGUCAAAAAUGUUUAUAAUGAAAGCUUUAGUAUUGGUCCCUUUGCUGUUUGUGGACCGCUCGUGUUCCCUGGCCAUCGGCGCCAACAAGUCCGACAUGCACCAGCUGUUCACCGACCUGUUCAGCACGUACAACAAACACGUACGGCCCGUGCUGCACCAUGACGAGAUCACCAAAGUGUUCUUCGAGAUUGCGCUCUACAACAUCCUCAGUGUGCACACACGAGAGCAGAAACUCGUCACCAACACGGAGAUGAUCAUGAAGUGGGAAGAUCAUUACCUCACGUGGAAUCCGAAGGACUACAACGAUACUCACAUGAUACACGUUCCUUACACUGAUAUUUGGUACCCCGACGUCAUCCUUUAUAAUACCGCCGACUCCAACUACCGCAACGGAAUCAUCAACACAAACGCUAUCAUUUCAUACACUGGAGAAGUCGAGCUCGUAUCCCACGUGAUGUUUCAGUCGACGUGCGAGGUGGAUAUCGAGUGGUAUCCUUUCGACCAGCAGGACUGUAAGCUUCACUUUGCUUCCUGGACUUACGAUAUGACCAAGAUUCUGUUAAUCCAAGGACCAGCUGAUCUGUCAGAGUACACACCACACCCCGAGUUCUAUCUUGAAGACUUCUACUCCGAGCUGAAACUGGCCCAUGACCCUUGCUGCAUUAAUCCUUUCUCUAGUAAGUGCACAAUCAAAAGGAAUAAUGGUUGCCAUCUUGAUCGUUCUUACAUCAUUGACGGGCACCGUCGUCCAAUUUUUGUGGAUUUCGGCCUUCUCCUGUUUAUUGAGAGUAUUUUGGAGUAUCCCACCUCCCUGAUGUGGUGUGCUUAUCAGGAGCUGCCUUUGCUCUUCUUCCAAGCGCUGCUGACGUUCCUGCUGCCUGCUGAGUCGGGCGAGAAGGUCAGCCUGUCCACCAACGCCCUGCUGGCGAUGAUGGUGUUCCUGAUGGCCAUGACGCAGGACAUCCCGCCCACCGAGCAAGUGCCGCUCAUCGGAAAGGAAUAUCUGAUAGUUCGCGCUGGAAUCUCGGGUACUCUUAUGCGCCAUAGUAUCCCAGUGCUCGAGUACGGGGAUGAAUGCAUAAUCCCAUGGUCUCAUCUUCCUCAGGUUGAACCGCGGGGCUCUCUAAGGGGAAAGCUCCCAGGGAGAUUAAUCCACAUCGACCCUGCAGUUCCGAGUGACGGACGCGUGACACCGAACAGGACUUCUUUCAAGGACGACUACCAGUACCGCACCGUGUCGGCUCUCGAGGGAAUCCAGCACCUCCUUCAGAACCGCUUCAGCGACGACUUCUCCUCCUCCUCCACCUCCAUCCACCGCAUGGAAUGGCACUACGUAUGUGUGGUCGCCGACAAGCUGUUCUUCAUCGUGUUCUUGAUCAUGUUCAUCAUCUUCAACAUUAUCAUCCUGCUCUCUUCGCCGCACGAGGCCGCCUUCCAGUACUGCCCCGAGGGCCCAGGGACGUGUCCUGAAGGAUGGGACGCUGCCUUCUACGGCGAGCAGGUCGAGGCGGGGGAAGGGGUCGAUCUGCCCUUCCCCCACGGGCUCGGGGGCGGCGAGCACAUGGCCCACGGGGUCGGGGGCGGCGAGCACAUGGCCCACGGGCUCGGGGGCGGCGAGCACAUGGCCCACGGGGUCGGGGGCGGCGAGCAUGUGCCCGAAGGCAGUCACUGA